UCGCAGCGACAGGUGCGCAAGCAGCCCCCGGCAUGGGCAAGUACAGGGUCGCCCGCGAAGACUUCCAGUGGGUUUACACCGAGCAGCCCCACACGCAGCGGAGGAAAGAGAUUUUAGCAAAGUACCCAGCCAUCAAGUCUCUAAUGGGAUCAGAUCCCCAAUUAAAAUGGAUUGUGACAGCAAUGGUACUCACCCAACUUCUAGCCUGUUACCUGGUGAAAGAUUUAUCCUGGAAAUGGGUUCUCUUCUGGGCCUAUGCUUUCGGUGGCUGCAUCAACCACUCUAUGACAUUUGCAAUCCAUGACAUCUCUCAUAAUGUUGCCUUUGGUAACAAGCAGAUCAGGUGGAACAGAUGGUUUGCAGUCUUUGCCAACCUGCCCAUUGGACUUCCCUACUCUGCAUCCUUCAAGAAGUAUCACAUCGACCACCACCGAUACCUUGGCGGACACACUUUGGAUGUGGACAUCCCCACUGAUUUUGAGGGCUGGUUCUUUUGUACUCCACUACGGAAACUGAUCUGGCUCAUCCUCCAGCCAAUCUCUUAUGCCUUGAGACCACUGUAUGUGAACCCCAAAGCAAUUACUAAGAUGGAAAUAUGUAAUGCUUUGGCACAGUUCUCUGUUGACAUUAUAAUCUACUUCCUGUGGGGUGUGAAGCCUGUUUUUUAUUUAAUAUCAGGAACACUCCUUUGUUUGGGUUUGCAUCCAAUUUCUGGGCACUUCAUAGCAGAACAUUAUAUGUUCUUGAAAGGAUAUGAAACAUAUUCCUACUAUGGUCCGCUCAACUGGAUCACCUUUAAUGUUGGCUAUCAUAUGGAACAUCAUGACUUCCCUAGCAUUCCUGGAAGCAAAUUGCCAAUGGUGAGGAAGAUAGCCGCAGAAUAUUAUGACUCUCUGCCAUAUCAUCAGUCUUGGGUGCACGUCCUCUGGCAGUUCAUUUUUGAUGACAGCAUCGGUACUUAUUCAAGAGUUAAAAGAAUAUGCAAACUAGCAACAGAAACUCGAUAG